AUGCCCAUCAAGAACGGAUACGACACUUGCCGGGAGAUUCGAGCUUGGGAGGCUAAAAAUCACUUUCAUCAAAUUCCCAUCAUGGCGCUGUCUGCCAAUGCGAUGACCGAUCAGAUCGAUGAUGCAGCCCGGGCCGGAUUCAACGAUUAUGUGACCAAGCCCAUCAAACACAAUGAGCUUGGCAAGAUGAUGAUGAGUCUUCUCGAUCCUAAUACCUCCGGAACUUUAUUACGAGAUCGCAAAGACUGGCGGCAACAAAAGCCUUAG